UUUUUUUUCUUUUCUUUUUCUUCAUGUCUUUUUUAUUUCGCUCUACUCCACACUAUUUACCAAAACAGACGCGAUCCCUUUGGACAAAAAUAACAGCAACAGGAUCUUCAAUUGAGGAAUGUGUUCAAGUCUCGAUCGAGUCACUUAAACAGAAACAACCUGAUGUGUGUGUUGUCCUUGCCUCAAAGUCUUUUUCUCUUAAACACUAUCGCCAACUCUCAGCUGAACUUAACAAGCGACUUAAGCCUACUGUCUUACUCGGUGGUGUUGUGGACCGCAUUCCUCAGGUAGACCAUGGUAUUUCACUUUUAUUAGGGUUUGAUGAAAAAAUCGUGCCUUUUACGAUCAAAGACAGCCCGCAUCGACACAAAAUUCGCAGUACCUCCGUGGGUCGAUGGGGUCGUAUGGAAGAGCGAGAAAGACUUCAGACCCAAAGUGACCACAUUGAUAAAGUAGGAUGGGAGAACUUUGGGUCGAUCAGUACGCCUGUUCAAACGCAUACGUUGCCACCAGGCAUCGUGGACAAGCCUUCGUUUGUCUUGAGUGUGUCUGAUAAUGAGCCGGAUGAACUCUUACAGGCUUUGGAUCAUCAUUUUCCUGAUGUGCCCAAGGUAGGUAUCUUGGGUAGCUCAACGCCGUUUGUGACAGGUGAGCCGUAUGCCUUGUUUCAUUCAACCGGGAUCAUGGGUUCAGGCAUCGUUGGGUUUGCUUCUUAUGGCUCUACUGGGCACAUCCAAGUGGAGCAUACGGCCAUGCAGAAAUUAGGUGAGCCUAUCAAAAUCACACGCUGUCGAGGCAAUAUCAUCCUUGAUUUGGAUGAAGCAGGUGCUACUGGUUUAUUGCUCAAGUUGAUCCAUAGUGGAAACAAGAUAUCCAAAGACGAAGAAUUCUAUUUAGGUAUUUAUCCUCUAGGUGAUUCAUCAGAGGAAAAUGUGACAGUCAGUCGCAUCACCAGUGGUGAUCCUAGUCGAGGUAACAUGUCUGUGGAUACAACAGCGGAUCUUCAAGUGGGCCAAACUGUUCAGGUAAGCUCUCAUAGGUUUCUAUUCAACUUUCAUCAGACACUUUUUGUUAGUUUAUGAGAAAGAAGCCAUUGACCUCUGAAAAUGUCUCGAGUGAUCCCAUCGGGAAAGACAAGAUCGUGUUUGGUGUCAGUAGUAAGGACUAUACGAUCGAUAGUUCUCCUGUACAGAUUCCAGACGAAGCCAGCGUCCUUCCUGAUGUGUUUGGUGGUGUCUCUGAAAACGGGGUAGUUGUCGGUCGAAGUAACAUACCUUCUGAAGUAUUAGAUGUGCCAUUCUCAAAAGUAAUGUUUAGCUUAAAAUAAAAGGUGUAUAUUACAGU